AUGUCUUCUUCUUCUGCACUCACACUCUUUUUCUUCUGUACUUCCACAUUCCUCUAUGCCAACGCAUUCAACAUCACAAACAUCUUAAACCUAAACAAUGAGUUCUCCACUUUCAACAAACUCCUCUCCCAAACCCAACUCGCUUCCACCAUCAACUCCCGUAAACCCAUAACCGUCCUCGCACUUUCCAACGAGGUAAUGUCUUCCUUCUCCGACCAAUCACCCGCCAACAUCAAGAACACACUCAGCCUCCACAUCGUGUUAGACUACAUCGACGUCACGAAACUCAAGAGCCUCAAAAACUCAGUGAUACUCACCACUCUCUUCCAAUCAAGCGGCCAAGCUAAAGGCCAACAAGGGUUCAUAAAGGCAAACGUUAUGAAAAACGGUGACGUUUUGUUUGGCUCUGCGGUUCAUGGAGCUAUCCUUGACGCUAAGCUUAUAGACUCGGUUACGUCACAACCAAAUGAGAUCUCUGUGCUACAUAUAAGUAGUUAUAUACCUAUAAUGAACGCACCUUCUGAUACUCCUUAUGGUUCGUCUACACCACUUCCUUCACAACCUCCUGGUGAUGAUGAUUAUGAAUAUGACGAGCCACCUUCCCCACCUUCCUCUACUACUAAGCCUGUUGUUGCUGCUGCUACUGCUGCUACGGCUAAACCACCUUCUUCUGCAAAAGACAACUCAACAACAAGUGGAGUUUCAGCUAUUAGUACUCCUAACCUCGCGUUUGCGUUUGUGAUCUCAUCUGUUUGGUUCUUUAUGACGGUUUGGUGGUGA